AUGAAACCUACUUCCAAAUUGCAUGGUUUUAAGUAUGAUCAACAAAAGAUAAACAUCAAUGGUCCUCGUCCUACACCUUUGAUGAUUCGCAAGCCUAACUCAUCAUACAAACAACAAAGGGUUCCCAUCAUCAUAUACACUCAAUCACCAAAGAUUAUUCAUGCAAAAGCACAAGAUUUCAUGGCUCUUGUUCAAAGACUCACAGGCAUGUCAACUACCAAUCAAGUACUGGCACAUCAGCAAGAAGUCUCUGAGAAUUUUGAAUCAUCUUUAUCUGAUGGAUCAAACAAUAAUAGCAUGAAAUUCAAACAGCUUGAUGGUGAUGAAACUACUUCAACAACUAGCUCAGUUGAUAAGGGAGGUGUCAAUAGCAAUAUUGAUGAUGAACAAAGUCCUGCUAAUAUCAUGAAAUUCGCUGACAUGCCAUUAUUCACUCCAACUUCAUAUGAUUUCUUCAGCCCAAACAAUUCAUCUCGACCUGUUUAUAAAUUUUCUGAUUCUCCAUAUGGGAUUUUGGGAAGUUUGAUAUCUCCUUCUGGAUUGGGAUUCAUCCAAGACCUACCUGAAUAUUAG